AUGCUAAGCGCUAUCAACGGUUAUCCACUCUCUAGUACUUCCUCCGGUAGUUCGGAAUCUGCUGGUCCAGAUUUUAGGAAAAAAAUAUCGUUUGAUGAUUUACUAUUAUUGCCUUCCAUACCAUCGAAUUCAUCUUCCAGAAACUAUCUAUGUUCACCCAUACUGCCACCAAUUUCCAACAAUGCGCAAAGAAAAUAUAAUACGGCUCCCGCUUCGCCAAAUCAUCAUGAUUAUUACUCAAGCACUGUUACUCCUCAAACUUCACCUCUGUUCAACCGUGCUCAGCUAGCGCCAACAGGCGCCAAGAACCUUUUACCUCUCACCAACAAUCAACAGGAAAAUUUACCUUCGCUAAGACAUUUACAACUAUUGCCUGAUCCUAGGAUCCAAGAAUAUGCAUGUUACUAUCCCGACACAUCGGAGCAUACGCCAAUUUGGAAACGGACUCUAGUGCACUGGUGCAAAGAGACUAAUUAUCAAGAUUAUACAAAGAUAGUACAUGAAGUUUCUCACGAUAGGACUCAGCUCUCAGCACUACUCAGAGGAUCCUCCAGGACAGCGCCAGUGCCUUCGGUCCUGAAGCCCAAGGAUGCAUUUCAGGGUUUGUCUGACCAUGCCAAAAGUGCUUCCGCGCCAAUGACUCCACCCAUGAGUCCCGUAGGCGAAAUGGACCGCAAUCAACCACCAGAAUUUACUGCGUUUGUCAGUAGUAAACUAGUUCAAACAGUAAAGCAAGAAACUAAUAGGAAUCAAAAUACGCCGUGCCGUCACAAGAAGACCAACAGUUUCAAAGCUAUGCAGUUGAAAAAAUUAUUCAGCAAUAGAGAUCUGCUCUCUAAUGACACGAGAACGGAUAAUGGAAAAUUCAAGGUUUCCAAGCCACAUGAUGAUACACACAGAUUGACAAAGAUUAACAUCGAUCAUGCCGCUAGAAAUCUAGUGAUUACUUUAGAUACCCAGGCAAAAAAGCCCACGAGCCCCACAAGAUCGCCCGGUUUGAGUAGCAACACGACGCCCAAACUCGUAUCGAAACCUGCUCAACCUAGAUCGAGGUCUCCCUCGCCAGUACGCCCCUCCACGCCGCCAGCAACCGCUUCCUCAUCUAAAUAUCACAAGUUCGCCUUUGAUUCUCCUCAAAGUCCCAUUGCAACUAUAAAGCAAAGCUCCUACCACAGCAGCACCAAGACUACACCCAAGAGAAGACGUUCGAGUGGAGGAAGCACCCAUGGUACUGUAAGGAAAUGUGUCUCAUGUCACUCGAACGAUUCGCCUUGUUGGAGACCGUCCUGGUCCGGCAAGAAACAUGAUCAACUAUGCAACUCAUGCGGGCUGCGAUACAAAAAGACUCACACCAGAUGUCUCAACGACUCAUGCCGCAAGAUCCCAACAAAAGGCGAACUAAGUAUAAUGAAAUCGAACGGCAUCCAACGUCAUCAAAAUGAAGACGGAACAGUUAUAGAGGGCUACAAGUGUCUAUUUUGCAAUUCAAUUGCAGAGACCACAGAUGCAAUUCCUCAAAGCAAUUUAUAA